AUUGAGUUGUCAAACUUCAAACUUGUCAUUGUCAUUCAAAGGUCACCUUGGUGAAGUUCAUCUCUGACAGAUUCAAAUUCAAAAAGAUUUUUUAAUUCAGGUUUGGUGUCGGGGGAUAUUUUAACCCUUCAGGAUGGAUGUGACGGCAACGCAAAGAUUUAUUGAGAGGGGGUCCCAUAAAGGGAAGGGGCUCGCAGUAUUUACGAGCGGAGGUGACUCCCAGGGCAUGAAUGCUGCGGUGCGUUCAGUGGUUCGAAUGGGUAUUUACUUGGGAUGCAAAGUAUACUUCAUUCGCGAAGGUUACCAGGGCAUGGUGGACGGAGGAGACAACAUUGAGGAAGCUAACUGGUCUUCUGUGAGCUCCAUUAUUCAUAAAGGAGGCACCAUUAUUGGUUCAGCCCGAUGCAUGGAUUUCAUCAAAAGAGAGGGUCGUCUGAAAGCGGCAUACAACCUUGUUACUCGAGGCAUUACAAAUGUGGUGGUCAUUGGAGGAGACGGAUCUCUGACUGGAGCUAAUCUCUUCCGCCAGGAGUGGUCGAGCCUUCUUGAUGAACUGCUGGAAAAUAAUAAGAUCACCAAAGAUCAAAGAGAGAAAUACAAAUUCUUGCACAUAGCGGGAAUGGUUGGUUCCAUUGACAAUGAUUUCUGUGGUACGGACAUGACAAUAGGCACGGACUCAGCUCUGCACCGAAUCAUCGAGGCCAUUGACGCCAUCGUGAGCACGGCAUACUCCCAUCAAAGAACUUUCAUCAUGGAGGUCAUGGGUAGACACUGCGGAUAUCUUGCUGUGGUAACGGGAUUAGCAUCUGAAGCGGACUUUGUGUUUAUCCCCGAGUCGCCUCCAUCAGUUGACUGGAGCGCUAAACUAUGUGAUAAGUUAGAACAGGAAAGGAAAUCGGGCCAGCGGCUAAACAUCAUCAUAGUGGCGGAGGGAGCCAUCGACCGCGAGGGCAAGCCCAUCACCGCCGAGCUCGUGAAGAAAGUGGUUGUGGACAACCUGCAGCAAGACACGCGCAUCACCGUGCUGGGUCACGUGCAGCGCGGAGGCUCGCCUUCGGCUUUCGACAGGAUUCUGGGCUGCCGCAUGGGAGCAGAGGCGGUGAUGGCGCUCAUGGAGGCCACCCCGGACACCGAGCCGUGCGUGGUGACCCUGGACGGCAACCAGGCUGUGCGCCUCCCCCUCAUGGAGUGCGUGCGACGCACUAAAGCGGUCGCUCAGGCCAUGGCAGACAAGAACUGGGACCUAGCGGUUCAGCUGCGUGGUCGCAGCUUCGCUCGCAAUCUGGAGACGUACAAGAUGCUGACGCGUCUGAAGCCUCCCAAGGAGGCCUUCGAUGCCGAAGGGAAACCUUCCGAGGGGUACACACUGGCAGUGAUGCACGUCGGCGCGCCCGCGUGCGGUAUGAACGCGGCCGUGCGCUCCUUCGUGCGCAACUGCAUCUACCGCGGCGACACCGUGCUCGGCAUACACGACGGCGUCGAGGGCUUCAUCAGCGGCAACAUUGUCAAGAUGGACUGGUCGGACGUAACGGGCUGGGUGGGGCAGGGCGGCGCGUUCCUGGGCACUAAACGCACGCUCCCCGGGGACAAGAAGGCAGAGAUGGCCGCUCGUAUUAAGCAGUUCAACAUCCAGGGCUUGUUGAUCAUCGGUGGAUUUGAGGCCUACCAAGCAGGCUUGGAGCUAUACGAAUCCCGUCACCAAUUCGCCGAAUUCAACAUUCCCCUAGUGGUGAUCCCAUCCACCAUCAGCAACAACGUGCCCGGCACUGACUUCUCGCUAGGAGCUGACACAGCCCUCAACGAGAUCACUGAGAUCUGCGACCGCAUCCGUCAGUCUGCGCAGGGUACAAAACGUCGAGUGUUCGUCAUUGAAACCAUGGGCGGAUAUUGCGGCUAUUUAGCUACCUUAGCAGGCCUCGCUGGUGGCGCCGACGCUGCCUACAUCUACGAAGAGAAGUUCUCCAUCAAGGACUUGCAACAAGACGUGUACCACAUGGCGUCUAAAAUGACGGGCGGCAUUCAGCGCGGUCUCAUCCUCCGUAACGAGAAGGCUAACGACAACUACAACACUGACUUUAUCUACCGGCUCUACUCGGAGGAGGGCAAGGGACUGUUCACAGCCAGGAGCAAUGUGCUGGGUCACAUGCAACAAGGCGGCUCCCCGACCCCGUUCGACCGCAACAUGGGCACCAAGAUGGCCGCCAAGUGCCUCCACUGGCUGGUUGAGACGCUGCAGCGCGGGCCCACCACCGGCGCCGACACGGCCUGCCUGCUCGGCAUCGUCAAGCGACAGUACAAGUUCACGCCACUAGAGGAUCUUAAGGCUCAGACCAACUUUGCCCAAAGAAUACCAAAGCAGCAAUGGUGGAUGAAACUGCGUCCCCUGCUUCGUAUCCUGGCGAAGCACGACUCCACUUACGAAGAAGAAGGAAUGUAUAUGACCGUUGAACAAGGAGAGAUUGACUCAGAAUGUGUCAUUUAAUUUAAUUUUAUCUCGGUGAGAUUCGUUAUUCGAAUUUUAAAGUUAGAACUUAGCUACCAUUGCUACACCAAUACUAACAGCUUUACAUGUAGGUAGAUGUUAAACUGUAGACACACAGUGAUUAGUUUGUGAUUAUUAUUUAUUUAUUUAAAUGAGAUUCACUAGCAGUUAAUAGAUACAUUUUACAGAAGACACUAGUUAAUAAUGGGUGAAGUAUAAAAUUACGCAUUAAACGGGUUGACUUUCAUUGAGAUGCUUUUUACCAAAAAAAAUGGUAUAUCAAUUUUAUUUUAAGUCUAAGUACAAAUGUUAACUUUUAUUACACAUUAAUCAGUAAACACGGUGUAAUAGUUAAUUAUUAAAAUAGUUAACGAGAUGUGACCUAGACAAUUUUGAGCUGUGAAUUCAAACUUUACAAAUAUGAGGGCUGUGGAGGGACCGCGUAUUUUGCCGUUCAUUUUGUUGACUAUUUAUUACUAGCGCAAUUUAUUUAUUUUUAAACUUUAUUUUUGAUAGUACAAUAUUAUGUAAAAUGUAAUAAGCAUUAUUCUUACAUCAACUUUGCAUGUGAAUCUAUCAAAGUUAUCAAACCAUUUUAAUAUAAGAAUCAAUUUUGUAAUUUUUAAUAUUGAUAAAUCACUACUAAUCUAUUAUUAUAUAAUAUCGAUGUUUAAUCGAGCGUAGUAACGUAAGGUUUUAAUGUGUAAUAGAAAAUAUAUAUUGAAAUUAAGUUUGCUAACAGUAUUUUUUGAAAUUGUGAGACAAUGUAUGUUCGUCGAUGAAUCGUUACUAUUGUUAGAGAUUAUUUAUUAUAGCAGCUUAUAAAAUCAGAAAAACAGCAAAUUCGUGGCAAACGAAUAUAAAUGUUGUUAAAUCAUGUUACAUUUUAUAAUAAAUGUAUUUAGCUCUCA